AUCGCCAACAAGGAGCAUAUCAUCUUCGGCAACAUGCAGGAUAUCUGCGACUUCCACAACAAUAUUUUCCUGAAGGAACUGGUGAACUAUGAGCAGCUACCAGAGGAUGUUGGUCACUGCUUCGUCACCUGGGCUGAUAAGUUCCACAUUUAUGUAGAUUACUGUAAGAACAAACCAGACUCCAGUCAGCUCAUACUGGAGCACGCUGGCACCUUCUUUGACGACAUUCAGCAGAGACGUGGACUGGCUAACUCCAUCUCCUCCUACCUCAUCAAACCAGUCCAGAGGAUCACUAAGUACCAACUACUGCUUAAGGAGUUACUGUCCUGUUGUGAGGAGGGUAAAGGAGAAAUUAAAGAUGGUUUGGAGGUGAUGCUCAGUGUUCCUAAGAGAGCCAAUGAUGCCAUGCAUCUCGCCAUGUUGGAGGGCUUUGAGGAGAACCUGGAGGUGCAGGGCGAGCUGAUCCUGCAGGACAGUUUCCAGGUUUGGGAUCCACGCUCGCUGAUCAGGAAGGGGAGGGACCGACACCUCUUCCUGUUCGAGUUCUCCCUGGUCUUCAGCAAGGAGAUCAAAGACUCAGCUGGUAGAACCAAGUACCAGUACAAGAACAAACUACUGACAUCAGAGUUGGGGGUGACCGAGCACAUUGAGGGCGACCCGUGUAAAUUUGCUCUGUGGGCAGGAAGAACUCCCUCCUCUGAUAAUAAAACGGUGCUAAAGGCGUCCAAUAUGGAAGCUAAACAGGAGUGGAUUAAAAACAUCAGGGAGGUGAUUCAGGAGAGGAUGACUCACCUGAAGGGGGCGCUCAAGGAGCCUCUUCACCUGCCAAAAACACCAGCACUGAGCAAACCCAGGAAUAACGCUAAGAGGGAGGGAGGUGAAGAUGGAGACAGUCAGGGAGACGGCAGCAGCCAACCAGAUACCAUCUCCAUCGCCUCCAGGACGUCCCAGAACACUGUAGACAGCGACAAGCUCUCUGGUGGAUGUGAGUUGACAGUCGUCCUCCAGGACUUCACAGCAGGAUGCAGCACGGAGAUGUCUGUCACCACCGGCCAGACGGUGGAGCUGUUGGAGCGGCCGAGCGAGCGGCCUGGUUGGUGUCUAGUCCGAACCACUGAACGCAGCCCCCCACAGGAGGGACUGGUUCCCAGCUCUACACUCUGCGUAUCCCACUCGCGCUCCAGUGUGGAAAUGGACUGCUUCUUCGGCUCGGGGAAAGAAAACUAUCCCGUUAGUGGCUCAGAUGGAAAGACCGAGUCCGUGGCGAACCUUCAGCCGCAGCCAUCCCUCAGCUCGCUGCAGUCCAGCUCUCCUGGUCCCAAACGCUCUGGAAACACUCUGAGGAAGUGGCUGACAAGUCCAGUCCGCCGCCUCAGCCACGGCAGCUCCAUUAAGAAACCUCCCAACAACAAACAGAAGAAGCCUGGACCAGAAAAAGAUGAGAGCAGGAAGAGUAUUGACCUUGGACAGCCUGACCCUGCCCUGCAGGGUGACAUCAAUGAGGGAUUCAUCAGUAAGGAAGGUAACCUCCUCUCUAAGCCGCCCUCCGGGAUGCAGAGCGGCGGGGAGGAGGAGCCUGACGAGGAUGCGCACACCCCUCUGCCUCCUCCCAUGGAGAUCAUCAAAGACCCUUCAGCUCAGGAUGAGCACAAGUCUUCUUCCUUGCUAACGUCUCUGCAGUCGUCCUCUGAGGUGCCCAGCGCUGCAGAGCUGGUUAGCGCCAUAGAAAAACUGGUUAAAACCAAGAUGACCCUGGAACCAGGAGUGUACCCCGGCUUCUCCUCCCUCUCUCCACCAGAGCAAACCACUCCUGUCCAGCCACGAAAUCCUGAACUGGAGCAAAGAGCCAAAGCUAUGAGAGGACGGAUGUUUGUCCUGAACGAGCUGAUUCAGACAGAGAAGGACUACGUCAAAGACCUGGGCAUCGUGGUGGAGGGCUUCAUGAAGAAGAUUGAGGAGAAGGGCGUCCCUGAUGACAUGAAAGGAAAAGACAAAAUUGUCUUCGGGAACAUACACCAGAUCUACGACUGGCAUAGAGACUUCUUUGUAGGAGAGCUGGAGAAAUGUCUGGAUGACCAUGAACACCUCCCUGAGCUCUUCAUCAAACAUGAAAGAAGACUGCACAUGUAUGUGGUUUAUUGUCAGAAUAAGCCGAAGUCUGAGUUCAUCGUUGCAGAAUAUGACACAUAUUUUGACACAAUCCAGCAGGACAUCCAGUCCAGGCUGACCAUCAGCGACUUUCUAAUCAAACCGAUCCAGAGAAUCACCAAAUAUCAACUGCUUCUAAAGGACUUCCUGAAGUACAGCUCAAAGGCAGGCAUGGACUGCGAUCAAAUUGAGAAAGCCGUGGAUUUGAUGUCUCAGGUCCCUAAACUUUGUAAUGACAUGAUGAAUUUGGGUCGGCUGCAAGGAUACGAGGGUAAACUCACCUGCCAGGGCAAACUGCUGCAGCAGGAAACCUUCUUUGUAACAGAGCAGGAUGCCGGCGUCCUGUCGCGCUCCAAAGAGCGACGAGUUUUCCUCUUUGAGCAGAUUGUCAUCUUCAGUGAGCUGCUGAGGAAAGGAUCGUCUACACCUGGAUAUCAGUUCAAGAAGAGCAUCAAGGUAUCCUACCUGGGUCUGGAGGACAGCGCCGAUAACGAUCCGUGUAAGUUCGUCUUGUCAUGUCGGGGCUCGUCGGAACGUUUCACUCUGCAGGCCGCCAACGUCGACAUCAAGCAGGUCUGGGUCCGACACAUCCAGGAUGUUCUGGAUGCUCAGAGCAACUUCCUGUCCGCUCUCCAGUCUCCCAUUGAGUACCAGAAGGAGAAGGGCGGAGCAGGCAGCAGCUCCUCACUCACCAGGAACCGCUCGUCUUGCGGGAACCGGCCCGGUAUGUCGUCUCACAGCCGUCCGUCCUCGGCUGUCGGGCUCGGCGAGAAGGAGACAGAGAGAGGGAGGACCCAGAUGAAAGUGUCUACCUCCAACGGUGGUUCGACAUGUUUUGACUCCAGGGACAUCGAAGGAGGCUGUAACGGCGUCUCCUCCACCAUGUUGGUCUCUCAGGACUACUCGGCGCUCAAAGAGAAUGAGAUCUGCGUCAGUCAGGGGGAGACAGUCCAGAUCCUGGCCACCAAUCAGCAGAACAUGUACCUUGUUUACCGGCCAGCCAACAGCCAAUCGCCUGCUGCGGAGGGCUGGGUGCCGGGACACAUCUUGGGCCCGCUCACAAAGUCCAUAAAAGACUCCUCUUCUACUUCAUCCUUCUCUGCGGCGGUGGCCGAUGCCAACAACAUCAAGAAGUCUUUGUCAUGGAACACACUGCGUGCCAGGAAGCGCGCUGAAGCCAAGGACGGCUCAUUGGUGGGGGUCCGAGGCCAGGAGAAUGGCCUCCUCCGUAAGCCCAAAGACUCCUCUUCCUCCUCCGUUCUGCUCCAGGACGUUCACACUUCAGAUGAGUCAGACUGUGAUGAUGACCUUGACCCAAAAACAGGCAUGGAGCUUCUUAACCCGAACUUCAUCCAGGAAGUGGCUCCAGAGUUCCUCAACCCUCUGUCAGACGUGGUGUGUGCGUUCGGAGAGACUGUGGUCCUCUGCUGUAAAGUCUGUGGACGACCCAAACCCACAGUCACCCUGAAGGGCCCCGACCAGAACCCAGUGACCAGCAACAGCCGCUUCACCAUAGAUAUCAGGGAUACAGGUGACAUCUUGUUGAAGAUCUGUAAUCUGAUGCCUCAGGACACUGGCAUCUACACCUGCGUUGCCGUGAACGACCACGGGUCUGCUUCCUCCUCCGCCUCCAUUAAAGUGCAAGGUAUCCCAGCAGCCCCUGGGAGACCGGUGGCCCAGGAGGCCAGCAGCACAGCGGUGAUGAUCCACUGGCCUCCUCCGGCUUCAUCUGCUCACUGUGCCGUCAGCAGCUACACUGUGGAGUACAGACAGGAAGACUCGUUGCUAUGGCAACAGGUGGCCAGCAGCAGAGAGGAGUGUGUUCAGAUCGACGCUCUGAUCCCCGGAGGUCACUAUCAGUUCAGAGUGCGAGCCUCCAACCGCUGGGGGCUCGGCCCGCCAUCGGAGCCCUCAAAUAUGGUCACACUGCCCAGCAGCAACUCUGGCUAUGAUGGAACAGGCAUCCAGUGGAAAGAAAACUUUGAGUCGACUUUCUCUGAGAUCUGUGAGAUUGGAAGGGGACGAUUCUCAGUGGUGAGAAAAUGUCUCAACAAGUCCACAAAGAAAGAGGUUGCGGUUAAGUUUGUGAGUAAGAAGAUGCAGAAGAAGGAGCAGGUGGCUCAUGAGGCGGACGUGCUCCGACACGUACAGCAUCACCAGCUGGUGGCGUUGUUGGACACAUACGAGUCUCCAACCUCUCUGAUGCUGAUCCUGGAGCUGCUGGAAGAUGGUCGUUUACUCGAUUACCUUGUCGCCCACGAUGAGUUGAUGGAGGAGAAGGUGGCGUUCUUCAUCAGAGAGACACUCGAGGCCCUGCAGCACCUUCACACCUGCAGAGUAGCACACCUGGAUCUGAAGCCUGAGAACAUCAUGGUGGACCUCCACACCCCGACUCCGGGCAUUAAGCUCAUCGACCUCGGCGAUGCUGUCCAGCUGUCCGCCCACCGCCGCUACGUCCACCUCCUACUCGGAAACCCAGAGUUCGCUGCACCUGAGCUCAUCCGUGGGACUCCGGUCUCUGUCGCUACAGACGUGUGGAGCAUCGGCGUUCUGGCCUACGUGAUGCUCAGCGGCGUCUCCCCAUUUCUGGAUGAAUCCCCAGAAGAAACCUGCGUCAAUAUCUGCCGCCUGGACUUCUGCUUCCCGGAUGAGUACUUCCGCGAUGUGAGCCAGGCUGCAAGGGACUUUGUGUCCUCGGUGCUGCAGCAGGAUCCCAGGAAGAGGCCGAGCGCUACUUCCUGUCUGCAGCACCCGUGGGUGGGCCGCGGGGGUGCACACGGCGGGGAGUACUCCAAGACGCCCCUGGACACGACGCGGUUGGCCACAUUCAUUGACCGAAGGAGACAGCUGCAUGACGUUCGGCCCAUCACCAAUAUCAAAGGGCUGGUGAGCAGCAGCAUGGGCAACACACUGUGACGGAGACGAGCUCUGAGUGUCGAUAACAACGUGAACACCAGGGUACCACGAUAACAUUACAGUACACUUUAAGCAUUUAAUUCUCCUUAGUAUUUAUUAAUGUGUGAGUGAUAGAGGUGCCUGAAUCCUUCCAGUGGUGCCAGAUUUACUUCCUGCUAACAGGACCUCUCUGUCACCACCAGACCAAACUUCUAAGCAGAAAAAUUAUUUGAAAUUUAUUGCUGUAUGAUAUUUAAGUACUGACUAACACUUCAUGUGAUCUUUGUUCACCGAGUAUCAACCAUUACAUAUGAAGCAGGUCCCAUAAACUGCCUAAAACACCCCAAAAGAACCCAAAGACAUUACCUCAAAGUUGAAAAAAAAUGAGCAUUUAGGAAACACACUGUGAGCCGGCGUAAUGACAACAUGUUAGUUUAUAUUUGUAGUGUUUAUUUUUCCAGGGAUAGAUGAUAUAUUGGAGGCGAGAGCCCGUCAGGAGCUAAUCUAAUCUAGGAUCUUUGUUCAGGAUCACUGAGUCCUGCAGGACUCGCUGUGAGGCAUUUUACCACCGUGGCUAAGCUACCAUGCCUCAGAUAAUAUAACUAAAUAUUUUUAAAACGCUUUUUGAUUUUCUACAGUGAUGUUUUGCUUGACCAGUGAGUAGGCGGGUUUCCAUUACGGAUUUGCUCAAAACAUAAGCUUUUUUUUAAAAAAAUGUCACU